CCGUCGACGCAGCCAGUUGACGCCAGAAGCCAAGACUUUUGGCGAUGUAGGCAAAUUUAUCAUGGGAAAGAGCGGAAAAUCCUUGAUAAACGUGUCGAUUAUCAUCACGCAGGCAGGGUUUGGGAUAGCGUAUAUGAUCUUCAUACCCGAAAAUACGCAAAAAGUGUUGUGUUACGAAACGAAGCGGAACAUUUGUCCGAGUACGAUCUCCAUCUCGCUAUUCUGCGUUCUGUUCUUGCUGCCCUUCGUCUUCCUGCAGAACAUGAAGACACUAGUUUAAGGGAGUAGUUUUUUUUACCACAUUAGUUUAAGGCAAUUAUGGUUUCUUUUUACCACAUCGAUCAUGAAGUCUUCAAGACGUUCUUAGUUCAAACGGAAGCAGUGGUCAUCUCGUUCUCAACAGAAACAGUCAUCUCGACUGUCAUUCUUUACUCUCAAGAGUCAUCUCAACAGAAACAGUCAUCUCAACGUCAACAGUCAUCGCAACAGAAACAGUCAUCUCAACAGAAACCGAGACUGUCAUUCUUUACCCGUUCACGUUCUCAACAGAACAACAGUCAUCUCAACAUCUUCUUCAUGAGGAUUAUCUUCACAAAAUCUUCUUCAUCUUGUCGUGACUCAACCACAUCAAUAACAAUAUCUAAUAUCUCAUCCCAACACUCCUUGCCAACGUUUCUCUGCUUAUCGGUAUAGGUUGGGGCUACAUGAAUGCUUUCGGUUGGACUUUAGAAGCUCGAUCGGGCGCAGACGAGAUUGGGGAUUCCGCAAGAGCUGAAGAUCGGAGAAGACUCCUGCUAGAAGGAAGUCUAGGAAGUUCUUUUGAUCGUCCAUCUCCUUCUACAGACGGUGACGGAGGUGACGGAAAGAUAAUUUUUCUUAGGAAUUACGACAACGAGAACGACAUGAAGAUGAACCUGCAUUCAACUUUAUCUUCAACAGAAGAAGAAGAAGAAGAAGAAAAAGAAGCUCCUACCUCGUCGUGGAAAGACACUGCGCGGCGCUACUUGAGUUUUCCAGAUUUUACACCUCCUGUUGAGGAACGGGAAAACAUACCAGUACCGGUUCAGCAAAAGGACACUUUAGCAGUUUCACCGCCGUCGACGAUUUCAGAUUCUAGCAGAACAAGCAGCAGCAGCAGCGGCAGCAAACCCACUUCGUCUCUAGAAGGUGUCUCAGCAAGUGGCAGCUCUUCAGCGUCCUCUUCCAGCAGUAGCUUUUUUCAGCAACAGGCAACAGCCACACCAGCGACCACGGCGCCCUCUGCCUCCUUCUCAUCUUCAACGUCCGGUGAAGAUCAAGCAACACCUGCUGCAGCUCAGCAACAAUCUGUGUCUUCGUCCUCGCCUUCUACUUCUGGUACUGCAAGUGGUAGCUCCAGCGGUACUAGUGAUGCUGUGCCUGUGGUCGCGAGUACUAGUAGUUCAACGAAUUCUACUACCCUGCUUGUUCAAGGCGGCAGCACCACACUUAUGACUCUACUUGCUGUACUCAGUUAAAUCCAUCCACCUUUGCAAAAAGGGGUCUACCGUACAAGAACGACUCUAGUAAUAUUUCAUCUAGUACCUCCGGUAUGAUGCCUCAAGAAUGAUUGGAGGAGUAGAUGACUUCUCGUUGCAUCAAUUAUACUUACGCCACAACUUACUAGCUCUAGCUAGCUCUAAGCAUCCUUCUCCAGCGACAACGAAUCAUCCGGCCAAGAUCGACACUUCGUCUAUCAUGAAGAAGAACAAGAAUACGAUCACGAAAAAGGAAAAGGAGCAGCUCGAGGACGUCCUUCCUGCGACUUUGGUGGCAUUCAACUUUGCCCAAUACCCGAUCUUUUUCGGCAUUGCGGUGUUUGCUUUUGAAGGCAUUGGGCUACUGUUGCCAUGCCAACGCGCUAUGCAGCAACCCGAAAGGAUGACGAAUGUCGUAACGAACUGCAUGAUUUUUUUGACGGUGCUCUUCGUCUCUUUCGGUCUCAGUUGCUACUUGCGCUGGGGCGGUCCGCCGUCAACAGAACAUGGAGAGCACAUCAGUAGACAACUGCGGAGAAAGUCAAUGGAUGUGGGUUUUUCUUGGGACAAGCCGCGUAGUAUUUCAAAUCAUCACGAUGAAAACUACAGAAUGACAUCACACGCAGCAGCCUCAACUGGAUCUCCCUUAUCUUUCCUCGUAGAGUCUGUGCUCCCUUCUAGUAGCUUCUUGCACAGGAUACUCCUCACUGGGACAACAUCAUCGCCAACAACAACCAGUGACACAAGUAGCACCUCGUCGUCAUUCCCUUCUUCCGAACAAGCUACAGACGACUCGACUUCUACAGUCUCUACUCGACAAGUGUUGAUAGAAAACGAGAAUACAGAUGUAGAGACAGUGAUUGGCGUGCAACCCAUGGUGACCUUCAACUAUCCAGAAAGCACAGUCACGUCCUUCGUCAUCUUGUUCUACGUUUUGGGCAUAUUAAGACUUCCGGAAAUCUCCCAUUUUGAAAAGCAUCUACUUGGACCUCCCGUGUAAGGGGGACCUCCCGUGAUGUAAGUGGCAAACGGGUCCAAGAUGAUUUUCUUGGACCUCCCGUGAUGUAAGGAGCAAACGGGUCCAAGAUUUGACUUUCAAAAUGGGACGAGAUUCCCGGAAAGUCUAAGCAUGUUCUUCUCUUAUCCGGUGAUCAUGUUUCCGGUUUUCACUCUCCUGGAAAACUCAGUCUUCUUAUGUACCUGGAUGAUCCACGUGAAUAGAUACUGAAGAGAAGAAAGAAACUUCCCUGAAUCUUGCCAAAAUCUUCCUAUAAGUCACAAAAGUGGCAGAGUUUCUGGAAAGUUUCCGCGAAGUUGCUGCCUUCGGGAUUCACGUCCUCGCUGCAUGUUUCUAAUCUUCAUCCGAUCGCAAUUGUGCUUGCCGAAUCGGCGAGUGAUCAGCAGAAUUGGCAAGAAGAUAGCGGAUUCUGUAUUCGGAGGAGAAGACAAAUUCCGGCGAUGGAGCUACUAUACCGAGCAGGUAGACGAUCUAGAUGAAGCAACAGACGAGGAAGAUGGAGGAGGAGCAGGAAGCGUAGAAGAUGAUGAAAGAGCUAGGGGUCAUAUGGAUUUUUUUCAUGCAGGGGCUACAUUAAAUGCCUUAAAUGUUCAUUUACAAUUGUAAUUUCUUUUGUGAGAAGAUUUCUGGCCUAUGAAGGAUGGCCAUAGUGCAUGUUGCUUUUUGCUAUUCCCCACCUGCGUAGUAAAUACUAUCUGCGCGGCUUAGCAGGUGCCUCCUCUAGUACUUUUUGCUAGUACCUCUAACGCCAACCGAGCAACGCGAAUGAGUCGAUCAUCUUCCACAAAUGUCGAUCAUAGGACGAACGAGAGAGAAGCAGCACCAUCUAGCACAUUCGCUAUCACCUUAGAAGACGACGACGACGAUGAUGAUGAUGAUGAUGAUGAGCAGCAGAUAGACAAGGACGAGGGGCCUUCUUCUUCCUCUAGUACAAGAGGAGAUAACUACAUGAACAGCAGGAGAAGUCCUCCUGUCAACAAGAUAUUGACAGGACGAUUAUCACCAAAGAGCGCCCUUGCAUCUUCUGGUGGACAACCCUCACCGGCCAACGCUCUCCAUGAUGUUGUAGAAGAUGAAGUUGUAACCCCAUCUCCUGUUGACGCUCCUCUCCUUAAGGCCAGGAUGAAUAUCCUUCUGGUUCUGACUGUCUCUGAGUUGAUCAUGUAUCUUACUUUCUGUUUGACUUGAUCAUGUAUCUUACUUUCUGUCUCUGAGUUGAUCAUGUAGCUUACCUUCCGUUUUUAAAGAUUAGAACCACGACCUACCCUCCUCCUGGAAAUUUGUAUUCUUGAAAGUGUCAGUGUGAGUGUGUUCAUUCAUCUCAUCAUAUUAAUCUUCUUACAUCAAUCGCAGCUGCUUCUAAUCUUUCCCGCGCCAGUACAAGAACCAACGACUCCAGACGACACUUACCAUCGCUAAACAUAUACGAGAAAUGCCUACUACGAGUUGUGAUCACAUUCAUAUCCGCGCUGACAGCCCUCACCAUUCCCCAUUUCGGGUUAUUUCUUUCGCUUCUUGGAGCCAUCACGUGCAACCUGUUGGCGUUCAUUUAUGGAAUGUGAUAGUUUUUUGUUCUUGUUGUACUCUUAGAUAGGUAGUAUCAUGGCAACUUCUGCUCGCAAAAUCCCGUCCUGCGAUAUCCAGGAGCUACUUACUAUUGGCAUAAAGGAGAGAGUAUAUGCAUAUGGCCUCUUUGUUGCAACCAACAACUACAUUGAGUUCCCUAUCAUCCCUGGCGUUGGUUCCACUAACUUUCUACAUUGACGAGUUCCCCAUCCCCUUGUUUCUUCUUCCACUAUCCCCCUCCAACCUACAUUGGUUCCACUCAUUGAGUUCCCCAUCAGCUUGGUUCUUCUUCCACUAACUUUCCCGUUGUUUCUUCUUCCUCUUUCAUACCACUUUGCCGGCCUAUUUCCACUACUACAUGACCGUGCUGGAUCCGAUGGAGCGCCGUGGGACGCACUCCCCUCUCGCCACUCCGAAAGAAGAUGUCUUCUACGCUUUGUUUAUGAAGGGGUGAAAAGCAAACCAUUGGUUGCCAUUGAUUAGAUUUAUUGAUUAGUACAUCAUGAAUUAGGCUCCUUGUUAUUUUCUCUGACCUUUUAAAUCUUAAUUAAUAGUAAUCCUUGUGUCUUAAUUAGUAUGAUCAUGAGAUUUGAUUACAUCAGUGAAAAGCAAACCAUUUCCAUUAGAUUUAUUGAUUAGUACAUCAUGAUCAUGAUGGUUUACCUAGUGGACCCACACCUAACCUAACCUGACAUCAUGAUCAUUUCAGCUGCAGCUUUGCUUAGACUUCUCAUACUCAACGACAAGACUGUCCUUCUACAACUAGCACUAGAAGGCACUACUCAAGUACAACAUGAUUUGCUACACAAGAAGACCAAGAUCGUGCUUGCUACACAGACUUGUCUAGAAAUGCGUAGCAGCUCUUUCUUAAGAAGUAAAAGUACGUUGUUGAGUAUGAGCAGAAUAACGACGUUACGUAGUCGUAGCAUGUCUUCCUCCUACUUUUCAUGUUGUUUGGCAUUGGUGCGGGCCUGUGGUCUUUCGGUGUGACCAUCGCGGAAUUCUUUUGAUCCACAUGGAGUUGGGCAGCAAAUAAAAAAACGAUAAUUUUCUCAAUUGUGAUGCUGAAAAGCAGCGCUUUAUAAUCGUCCUGCAGGCUUUCUAUGAUCCUGUAGAAACCUUCUGACAUCAUGUUCGGCUGGAGGGCGGCAACCUCAACAAGACACAAAUAUUUCCCUUGAUUG